AUGGCGACUGUUUUGGAUGGUCUCUUGUCGAGAUCAUUGAGAAGACUGGGUCAGCUUGUCGAGGAUGAGGUUGUGAUGACACUCUGUGUGGGAAGGGAUAUCACGAGGCUCCAGCAAAAUCUCGAAAGCUUCAGGGCAGUACGUCAUGAUGCUGAAGCUCUGGCCAUGAGAGAUGACGCGGUCAAGUUAUGGUGGAAGCGCAUCAGCGAUGUUAUGUUCAAUGUUGAUGAUGUCAUAGACCUAUUCAUGGUUCAUUCAGAUAUGAGGCAUAGAUCAUCCCCAUGUUGCUCCAUGUUCUCUUGUUUUGCAAAGCUUCUAGAAGACCACAGGGUUGGUACAAGAAUCAAGAACAUAAACAUAGAGCUUGACGAGAUUAAAAGGACAUCAGACAUGUUUACCCCGGGGAGACCCAGGUCUCCGCAGCCCCAGAUAACAACUGUGGAUACAAGACAGACAGUUCCUAUAGUUGCACCAGGGGUUGUCGGGACAGCCAUCACACGUGCUGUUGAUUCCAUGGCAAAAGCUAUUGUCGAUAGGUGCCAAGGCGAUGUGCCAAGUGUUUUUGGCAUUGAAGGAAUGGGAGGCAUUGGCAAGACAACAUUAGCUCAGAAGAUAUAUUGGGAGCAGAGGAUAAGGGAGGAAUUCCAGAUUCAUAUAUGGUUGUGCAUUUCUGAGACCUACACUGUUACUGAAUUGUUACGGCAGGCAAUUGGAAUGGCUGGAGGAAACUGCGAUCAAGUAAACACACAGACCGAGCUUAUACUACGUCUAAAAGACAUUAUCAAAAGAAAGACUGUUUUUCUUGUAUUGGAUGAUGUGUGUCUACCUGAUGUCUGGAUCGAUCUUCUUCAGCUAUCUUUCGUGGAUGCCUUGAAUGCAUGUGUCCUUAUCACCACAAGGGACCACAAGGUUUUGCAAGAAAUAAAUUCAACCAAUAUUCACUUGGUAAAAAUAAUGGUUGAGGAUGAUGGCCUGAGGCUACUUAUGCAGAAUUCCUUCCAGCCGUACGGUAGUACAUUCCAGGAGUUGGGGCGGGCCAUUGUAAAAAAAUGUGACGGUCUUCCUCUUGCUAUCAAGGCUGUUGCAGGUGUCCUGUCCUCCAGAAAAACAGAGGAGGAAUGGAAGAGGAUCCGAGAUAGUCAAUGGUCUAUUAAUGGACUCCCCGUUGGAGUAGGAAGUGCACUGUAUGUAAGUUACAGAAACCUUCCCCAUGAACUGAAGCAGUGCUUUCUAUGGUGUGCCUUGCUGCCUCCAAAUUUUGGAAUAUGUCGCGAUGCUGUUGCUUACUGGUGGGUUGCCGAAGGUUUUGUGAGGAAAGAGCCUGAGUGCUCAAUACAUCAGACUGCUGAAGGGUACUACCAUGAACUAAUCAGGAGGAAUCUUCUGCAACCAAAACCAGAGUUCAUAGACAAAAGUGUGUCAACGAUGCAUGAUCUAUUGAGGUCACUUGGGCAACAUCUGACAAGGGAUCACUCCUUAUUCAUGAAUGUGAACAGUGAUUACUCCUUGUUCAUGAAUGUGGAAAAUAGAGGAGCCGUACCAAAUUUACGCCGCUUAGGGAUCAGCAAUGUUGUAGAAGAAUUACCCGCUCUAGAAGAGCACAAGUGCCUGAGGACCCUCUUUCUUUUUGAUAACAAGAACUUGAAGUCUGUUCACAAUGGCAUUUUCAGAAAGCUCCAGCAUAUCCGUGUCUUAGUUCUCCGUCAAACAAGCAUCCAAAACAUACCAGAGUCAGUGGGAAACUUGGUGCUACUGAGGUUGCUAGAUCUAAGCUUUACAGAUAUUGACAAACUUCCGGAGUCCACACGGAACCUCAUCAGCCUUGAAUACCUCUCUUUGCUUGGUUGCCAUCAGUUGCAUAGCCUGCCAGCUGGUUUGAUGAGACUGUCUAACAUAAGUUUUUUGGAGCUAGAGAAGACCGCACUUCAUUGUGUUCCAAAGGGAAUUGCAAAGUUUCAGCAUCUCUACAAUCUUAGAGGAGUUUUUGAGAGCGAGACUGGAUUCACGUUGGAUGAGUUGCGGCGCCUCCCCAACAUCCAGCGCCUAUGGGUUGAUAAGCUUGAGAAAGCUAGGCCAGGGGGUGAACUUGUACUGAAGAACAGUCACAAUCUUAGAGAACUGGGACUACAGUGCACUCAUGAUAGUACCCGCUAUGAGACCAAUGAGGUUGAGAGGAUUCAACAAGUCUAUGCUAUGCUUAUUCCAUCACCAAGCCUAGAAUACAUUUUUCUGAUUGGUUUCCCAGGCACAAUAUUCCCACAAUGGCUAUUGGAACCGGAGCUUAAUAUUCCAAGUUUGCGUCAUAUGCACCUCAAUGAGUGCAUAUCAUGUUCAGAGCUUCCACCGGCAGGUCAGAUGCCACAACUGGAAGUUUUUCAGAUUAAAGGUGCAGAUGCCAUAGAGACCAUUGAUGCAAAAUUCCUGGGUAAAGGGGUCGGAAUUCCUGCUGUCUUUUUCCCAAAGCUUGUACUGCUUCACAUCAUUGGAAUGUGCAGUUUGCAAAGUUGGUCCCUCAACACCGGGGAUCCUUGUGAUAACAUGGAGGGCAACUCUCCACAGAUAUCUCUGAUGCCUGAACUUAAGCGCCUGUUUCUUCUUGAUUGCCCAAAACUGACAGCUCUGCCUCCUGACUUGUCCAAGGUCGUUAACCUUAAGAAAAUCCACAUUGAAGGUGCUCACAAACUGGAAGAAAUCGUCAGCCUCCCCGCAGUUGCAUGGCUCAAGGUGAAGAACAACGCAUGUUUGAGGAGAAUUUCGAACCUCUGUAAGCUGCAGGACCUGUUUGCACAGGACUGCCCAAUGCUGGAUCAGGCACAGAACCUGUGCUUGCUGAAACGUGUGUACAUGAUUGGCUGCCCGCAUGCCCAAGUGUUCAGGAAUUGUUUAGAGGAAGAAAAACAAGGGAUCCUAGUCCAUGUCACAACAGAUGGCCAUAAUAUCUUCCCAGAUGAAUCUCUCUACAAUUAG